GCAUCCCACGACACCCCAACAAUCGUUGCUCUGCUCUCACACUCACGAGGGCUGCUUUGCAACAAAAAUCCUAUUCUGAAACACUCGUGUACAGUUUCUUGCUUGCAACGUUAACGUUAGCAGACAUGUCGUCCAGAUACAACUGGUCCGCAGAAAACGAACGUCGUCUCCUCCUCCUUUGUCUUAAGCAUUCCAAGUCUACCGAUAUAUCCGCUGUUGCCGAGGAACUUGGAGAUGGGCUUACUAGGAAUGCCGUUUACCUAAAGCUGUCCAAAAUGAAGAAAGCCACGGGGAUGUCGGAGGAGAAGAAUACCAUCAAUGGAUCCCCAAACCAUACUACAAGGAAGAGGUCGAAGGUUGUCAGCCCUGAGGAGAACGAUGAGGAAGGAGAGAAGAAGCCUGUUCCGAAGAAGACGUCAAGGAAGGUCAAGCACGAAGCGGAUAAGGAGGAGGAGGAGUGACCAUCGAUUUGCUUUUGGGAAAGGCAUCACGCUUAUUUGUUGUACGGCCAGUCGUCACGAUCGCAACCGUUAUAUAACAUAUUCAGUAAUCAAUAAUAAGGUAUCCUUAAGGUAUAACUCGUAGCAAACUCCACCCAUGUGAAUGCCCCCAACAACUUUUAGCCAAAACCCGACAACUGCAUGUCGUCAGCAGUAAACAUAUUCCCGCAUCACGGCACCCCUACGGAUUCAAUCUAGGAUCCCUCGCUUUCUCAUACGAUUUCACCUCCACAGCACCCCCCAUAAUCGUCCUCGGCCUCAUCUCCUCCACACUCGGCAACACCCUCCCCUGCUCCUCAAUCUCACAACACAGUUUGUGCGCACUCGCCAUGACACUACUCGCACCCUGCAACGAUAGCUUCCCCGCC